AUGACAAACGCAACGCAAAGCAACGGCAUUUCGGGCGCCAAUUUCGAUAUCUAUGGCGCCAACCGCACGCUGCCACGGGCCAUGACGGCUUUUACCGCCAUCUCGUGGUACAAUUCGAUUGAGAUACUGGUGAUUGUUUUCUGCAUCUUUAAAAAGUACUCGGGCUUGUACUUCUGGAGCCUUAUCAUUAAUGCGCUGAGUAUCGUGCCAUAUGCAACCGGAGCUUGGAUGAAGCAGAAUAGCGUCGCGCACAAUGCAUAUCUCUACAAUACUCUCCUCACGCUAGGCUGGGUUUUAAUGGUACCAGGCCAGUCCAUGGUCCUAUAUUCACGCCUGCACCUCGUCUCGCCAAACCUCAAACUGCUCCGCGCCAUCUUCUGGACCAUCAUCGUCUCCGCCAUCUGUCUGUGCGUGCCGACGGUAACGCUCAACCUGCGGCAGUACACCAAGCACCCAGACAAGAUCCAAAUGGUGCUGUUUACACUGCAGGAAGUCGGCAUUUCAUGCGUGUACCUGUGGGAAACGCACAAGCUGCUGCGCGUCAUUCUGGACGGCAAAGCCCGGAAAUGGAUGUGGCAGCUCGUCGCUAUGAAUGUGCUGCUGCUUGUCCUGGAUACCGCGCUGCUGACGACCGAGUUCCUGAAUUUGUACAUGAUCCAGACCACGUUCAAGUCGCUCGUGUAUAGCUUCAAGCUCAAGAUUGAGUUUGGUGUGCUGAGCCAGAUUGUGCGUAUUAUACAGACGCGCUCGAAUGCCGGGACGCCCCAGCUCGGGAUCCCGACGGAUAUUGCAUCACAUGGUGCGGAGGGACAAGGACAAGGACAAGAGCGUGCAUCUGACCAGGUGAUGGAAGACGAGUGCAUGUCAGAUGCGCGAUGA